AUGGACGGGGCGUGCCCCAAGUGUGGGGAGGGUGCUGUGGAGUUUGAGGAGGUGGAAGGCGUGUCUGCCUGCGCGGCGUGCGGCUGGGUGGUGGCAGACGAGCAGCUGGUGCAUGCCACCGCCUGGGACAACCGAGGCGCGCCCCAGGGCGUGUUUGUGGGAGCAGAGGACACGGGCGAGCGAGCCGCAGCGCAUGCGCUGCAGGCCAGCGGCCCGGGGCUGUCCAUCCAGCGCAGCAAGCGCGGCGUCGGGGAGGCCAGGCUCAAGGCUCGGGUGCGGGAGUUUGCGGCACUCCUGCGCCUGCAGCCGCCGGUGGUGGACCAAGCGCUGCACGUGGCGGGGCGGGCUGUGCCGCACUGCCUGGGCAACUGGCGGCGGGAUCACUUGGCAGCGGCAGCCACCUACGCGGCCUGCAGGCUCAACAAGCUGCCGCUGACGCUGGCCGACCUGUCAGGGUCCGUCCAGAUCGAUGUGCACACCCUGGGCCACUACUACUGCGCCCUGUGCCGCCUGCUGGACCUCCAGCCGCCGCUGCUGCUGCCAGCCGACCUGCUGCCGCGCUCGGUGGACCGCGUGACGGCAGAGGCGGUGGCUCGGGGCGCGCUGGCUGCGGGCACGGUGGCAGCGGUGCAGCGGGAUGCGGGCAUGCUGCUGGACUGGAUGCACCGCCAGCUCAACCAGCGCCAGUUCCCGCUGGGAUGCGUUGGCGCCGCACUGGUGCUGGCGGCAGAGAUGAACACGGUCUCGCUGAGCCUGGACCACGUCAGCGCCAGCCUGCCGCUGUGCCGCAGCACGCUGGAGCGCAAGCUGGCCCAGACGCGGCAGCGCCUGGUGCAGCUGUCUGCCUUCCUGCCCUACAGCAGCACCAUCAACGUCCGCAAUGUGGGCAGCCACGCCCGUACCAUCAUCAAGCUGUCGGCACUGAGGCACUGCGCCAAGUAG